AUGGCGACACUUAGCGAUAUAGGACUAGCAGCGGCUAUUAACAUACUCACUGCAUUUGCUUUCUUUAUUGCAUUUGCAAUUCUUCGGAUUCAACCGGUCAAUGAUAGGGUUUACUUCCCCAAGUGGUAUAUCAAGGGUUUAAGGAGCAAUCCGUUGAGCACCGGUGCAUUUGUAGGCAAGUUUGUCAAUUUGGACUUCAGGUCGUAUGUGAAUUUCCUUAACUGGAUGCCUGCAGCAUUGCAAAUGCCGGAACCUGAGCUAAUUGACCAUGCUGGAUUGGACUCUGCUGUUUACUUGAGGAUUUACUUGAUAGGGCUUAAAAUUUUUGUUCCUAUUGCAUUCCUGGCCUUCAGUAUCUUGGUGCCAGUUAAUUGGACAAAUAGCACUUUGGAGCGUUCUAAUUUAACUUACAGUGAUUUGGAUAAGCUCUCUAUAUCAAAUAUACCCAGAGGAUCACGCAGAUUCUGGACCCAUUUGGUGAUGGCUUAUGUCUUUACCUUCUGGACAUGCAAUGUGCUAAAAACAGAGUAUGAGAUAGUGGCUAAAAUGAGGUUGCAUUUUCUUGCAUCAGAAAAACGACGUCCUGAUCAAUUUACAGUACUGGUCAGAAAUGUGCCACCAGAUCCUGAUGAAUCAGUUAGCGAACUUGUGGAACACUUUUUCCUGGUCAACCAUCCUAGUGAUUAUCUUACUUAUCAGGUUGUCUACAAUGCUAAUGAACUUUCAAACUUGGUCAACAAGAAGAAAAAGAUGAAGAACUGGCUUGACUACUAUCAAAUCAAAUAUUCAAGAAACCAAUCCAGAAAGCCUUCUCUCAAGGUGUUCAUUGUAGACGACAUCCUAUUGAAGUCACCAACCGGUUUUCUUGGUCUUUUCGGGAAUAGGGUGGAUGCAAUUGAUCACUAUACGUCUGAGAUUGAGAAACUAUCCAGAGAAAUCUCCUUGGAGAGAGACAAGAUUGUGAACAAUCCUAAGUCUAUCAUGCCAGCAGCAUUUGUUUCCUUCAAAACUAGAUGGGGAGCUGCUGUUUGUUCACAAACACAGCAAUCCAGAAAUCCGACUGUAUGGUUGACUGAGUGGGCUCCAGAACCCCGUGAUGUGUAUUGGGAUAACCUUGCAAUUCCAUUUGUUUCGCUUACACUAAGAAGGCUUGUUAUCGCUGUUGCGUUUUUCUUCCUCGCCUUCUUUUUCAUGAUUCCCAUCGCAUUUGUACAGUCCCUUGCAAACAUUGAAGGAAUUGAGAAAGCACUCCCAUUCCUGAAAACCAUAAUUGAAAAGAAAGUGGUAAAGUCAUUCAUUCAAGGUUUCCUUCCUGGAAUUGCUUUGAAGAUAUUUCUUAUUUUUCUUCCCUCCAUAUUGAUGCUAAUGUCUAAAUUCGAGGGAUUCAUUAGCCUAUCAAGCCUAGAGAGGAGAUCUGCAACUAGAUAUUAUAUCUUCCAAUUCAUCAAUGUGUUUCUUGGAAGCAUAAUCACCGGAACUGCAUUUCAACAACUGGAUAAUUUUAUCCACCAGUCUGCAACUCAAAUACCAAAGACAGUUGGAGUAUCUAUUCCUAUGAAGGCAACUUUCUUCAUAACUUAUAUAAUGGUUGAUGGGUGGGCUGGAGUUGCUGGGGAGAUUUUAAGAUUGAAACCCUUGAUAAUUUAUCACCUGAAAAAUUUUUUCAUGGUGAAGACUGAAAAGGAUAGGAAAGAGGCGAUGGAUCCUGGAACUCUUGGUUUCAACACAGGGGAACCACAAAUACAACUUUAUUUCUUACUUGGCCUCGUUUAUGCUGUGGUGUCGCCCAUCUUACUUCCGUUCAUAAUAGUAUUUUUUGCCCUCGCAUAUGUUGUGUAUCGUCAUCAGAUUAUAAAUGUUUACAACCAGGAGUAUGAGAGUGCUGCUGCAUUCUGGCCUGAUGUCCAUGGACGCAUCAUAGUUGCAGUAAUUGUCUCACAGCUGCUGCUAAUGGGAUUGUUAAGCACAAAAGAAGCCGCUCAGUCUACACCGUUGCUCAUUACACUCCCAGUAUUAACCAUAUGGUUCCAUAUGUUCUGCAAAGGCCGUUAUGAACCUGCUUUUGUUAGAUAUCCAUUGCAGGAAGCAAUGAUGAAAGAUACAUUGGAACGUGCCAGAGAGCCGAACCUGAACUUGAAAAGCUUCCUUCAAAAUGCUUAUAUCCACCCAGUUUUUAAAGGCGAAGAUGAUAGCGACAGCGAUGAAGCACCCGAAGAGUUUGAGAAAGAACCUGAUCUGGUCCCAACGAAGCGCCAGUCUCGAAGGAAUACACCGUUGCCAAGUAAACAUAGUGGUUCAGCUUCAUCCUCCAUGCGCGAAGCUCAGGACUAUCCACUACUUUAA